CCGGCGGCCAAUAUAAUAAAUCUAAAGUAAUAUGACAUGGGCCCACUUUAACAUGUAGCAUGAAAAGUCUAUGGUGACACCGUUGUUUUUACGGGUAUACGUAGUUCCAUGGGCUAAUUGGUCCAUCACACCUCCAACUUCUCUCUCUCUCUCUCUGUGUCCAUGGAUCGAUGGAAAACAAUGUUGGUGCUGCAGCUGGUGUUUUAUGCAGUAAAUGCUUCUUCAUAUGAAAGAGAUGGCUUCUACAACUUGCGCAUAGACUGUGGAGCAUCCACUGAAACUCCUGCACCCGGUAAAUAUAACAGCGACGUACCAUGGCGGACGGACGAAAAGUUCAUCCAAACUGGAGAGAACAAACUCCUCCCCACCAGCCACACUGACUUUCAGAUGAAUACCCUACGCUCCUUUCCCAAAGGCCAAAAGAGCUGUUAUACGUUACCCUUUUACCGCGCAGAUUACAAGUUCCUGUUUCGAGCUGGCUUUUACUAUGGCAACUACGAUGGGCUCUCGAAGCCACCUAGCUUUCGUCUAGAGAUAGAUGGGACCUCAUGGGCAGAUGUAACCACUUCAAUGAGCGAAGAGAUGAUCUACCAUGAACUGCUUUACAUUACGAAGAAGGCGCAAGCUCGGGUGUGCUUGAUUCGUACCAUGGACAAUAUUGACGUUCCCUUCAUUUCUUCUCUUGAAGCUUAUAACAUUGAUGUUGCUUACGAUUGGAUGGACAACACCACAGCUUUGUAUCUUCAUAGCAGGAUCAACUACGGCGCAAAUACAAGCAUUGAGCAAAGAAUGAAUUACGACGCAGAACCAUAUUACCGGAUUUGGAAGUCCAAAGAAAUGUCCAAUUAUCGCAACAUUCAUGCAGACUCUAUGCGUUUUGAUUAUAUGAUCGGAGAAAAUAGGCCACCAUUUCCAGUAAUGGGAUUUGCGAUCCAAGCAAGAAAUCUAACAGACUCUAUAUAUUUGUCCAUUGAUUUUUCCCCUCGAACAUCGGUACAAGCCUACUUUGUUCUCUACUUCAUGGACCCUGUUUUUAGGGUGCCACAAAAUCAAACUAGCAGUGUCGAAAUCUACAUAGACAGCAACGAAAGGGCUGUUACGGAUAUCCCUAAUUAUAACUCUUUAUUUGGAAAUCAAUUCCAUGUGGUAACGCUGUUUUCGGUGCCGGUCAAUGGUUCAGCCAAUGUGACUAUUUCUCCGGCAGAGGGCUCGACUUUGGCGCCACUCCUAAAUGCCAUGGAAGUGUUUUCUGCAAUUGAUGUGUCUGAGAGUGGACAUUUGUUCAACUUGUCGUCAUUACUGUUUAUCACUUCUCUUCAUUUGCUUGUUAUACUUAUGACACAAUUGUUUUAGGCAUUAUAUAUUUGCCUAUAUACCAUGAGUUAUGGAUUCUAUACAUUUAUAUAUAUAUAUGUACAUUUUCGUAAAUUCAUUUGGCUUGGUUGGCCUUUUUGGUCUGGUCAUGUUGUAUCAGUUGUAGCCUAUGGGAUUUCUUUUGUUGAGCUGAUGGUCACAAGCAUACGUAGUUUACAUUUUGAUUAGCAUUGAGUAACAUGCGUCUGUGCUCUACACACUUGCCACUAUUUGAUUCAAGUCUCUGUAUCAGUUGGGAGCUUAAAUCUCGUCCAUACGACACAUGGCUGCUUAAUAUAUGCAUAAUGAUUUUAAUUUUAAAGCCGAAAAGUUUCAACCAAAUGGAGAAAUGAAGGCUCCCCAUCUGUUAGAUACACUCAACCAGUCAUUCAUGUAAGUGUAUUCAUUGAAUGGGGAGUGUUCUCGCUAUCUAUUUCGUUCAAAUUCUUCGGUAUGAUUAUCAUUACUUUUUCUAUAAAUGCUUGCAGAAAUGAGC